AAAAAGCUCAAAGAAUAACCAAUUUCCCGGCCAAAAACUCACUGAAAUGGCCUCUAGACGUCAGGACUAUAUUUUUCGUGUAAGAUAUCAAAAUAAGCUUCCACUACCUCCAUUCUUUCCUAAGAUGCUUAACAUACCGAUUCCGCUGAAUAAUUACACUAAAACCUCAUAUCUAUCAAGUCUGAUCCAAGAACAGCCGAUUGAUAUAGAGUUAGACCCAGAACUGGGGAUACCAUUGGACUUAAGCAUGAUUUCGAAUGUUUUUGAAGGAAUAUAUGAUAAUAUGCAUAAGGAACCUAAAGAUGUAAAAUUGGAUCCUAAAGAUGUAGUAUUAUUGAAGGAAGUAUCAUCUGUAUCUCAGCGAAAUUCAGCAGGAGUAUCAUUUCUGAGACGAACAGAGUAUAUUUCAUCAGAAAGUGCUAAAACAGCAGUGAAACCGAAAGCUUUUGAUCCACGAUUUGUUAAAUCAGCAGAAUUAACAAAUGAAAAACUUGAAGAUCCAGAAAAACAAGUAGUAGCGAUUGAAACGACGUUUAAAGAGGCAUCUAAGAACUGGUUAUCAUUUACACAUCCACAUAAGAAGAAUUUGACGGUGGUUGAUUCAUUUCCUAUAUUUCCUAAUAUAAAUAUUUCGGAUCAACAGUUUUUAUUGAUGAAAUUUACAACAGAUCCUGAACAAAAGAACAUAUCAUCACAAAUGUCGAAUGAUGGCUGCUCAGAUUUAGCAUUAUUCAUGCCAGUCUCAGGAAGAGGAGAAGAAUGGUUAGCCUAUUAUUUACCUGAACAGGAAUCGUAUAAUGAACUAAAAGAAACACUUAAGAACCAAGAUUUCGAAAAGAACAAGUCGCCUUUUAUAUAUAAUCAUGUUCAUGAUUAUGAUACAACUAUGCAUAUUAAUUCAACACCUCUGGAUGAAAUAGCACUUGUGUUUAGGAAUGAUCCAAAAACGAAACUGAAAUCUGCAUUUUAUUCACCUAUUUAUGCAAAAUCCACAUUAAAAAGGCGAAGAUCAAAGAUUCCAAAUGGAAUGAUUAAAAACUUGAGUGUUUCAAAUAUAGAAUUAAAGCUUCGACCUUUAAAUGAAGAAGAAAGUAGAGAAAAGAAGAAGCACUGUUCCAUGCUUGAUAUACACAAUUGUUUUAGUGAAGAAUGAUUAAGAGAAAACGAAGAUAUAAACAUAAAACAUAACGUGCUGAAUU